AUGAAAGCCUUUAAUGAUGAAAAUACAGAUAAGAAUAACUUUGAUAAUGCUUAUAAUGUUAAAAUUUUUUUGGAAAUUUUACCAGUGGCUACUUUAUUGAAUAAACGUAAUCCAGAGUUAUAUGAAAGUGGGAGAUGUAUACGCUGUAAUUAUACAACUGAAACAUGGACACAUAUUUGGAUAUGUGAUCAAACAGAGACAUCAAUAAUUCAAAUAAUUAAUGCAGUUUUUGAAAAUUUAAAAAACAAGUUAGACAAAAUAGAUUUUAGAAUUAAUUAUAAUUUUCAUGCAAGUUUAUUAUAUAUUUUGAACGAAAAGUCAAAAGUAGUUUUUAAUGGCAGAAUUUUUCAUGAAGCAAUCAAAGGAAUUGUUAAUGAAAGGUUGUUCUUGGAAAUAGAAGAUAAAGUUUUCAAAGAUAAUAUAGCAAGUUUCGUAGAGGAUAUACAUGAUAUGGCUAGAAAAUUCAUGUGGAGCGAGCGAUGCAAGAGAUUUAUUGAAUGGGAAAUAAGGCAGGGUAUUACGAAGCAAAUGAAAAAAGCAAGUAAACUAUAUAAAUCUUCAUUGCCUAGUUUGGGUCAUGAUGGGAAGAAGAAAAAUAUUUUUAUUUCAGACGUUUUACAAAGAUGGACGGGGCAUUAUCUUAAUAAUGAUGUAGCAGCUAAAAAUAUUUGGUAUGAAUUGGGUGUAGAAGAUUUAUGGAAAUAUAACAGUUUAGUUACUUUUAGACCUUCUUAUUAUUCUUCUAAUUUUAGUAUUUUGGAUUGACUUUAGUAAUUUUAGUAUAGUUUUAAAUUUUU